AUGACGCACAAUCUCUUUUGGCGGCGGGCCGGCCCCGAGCACACUGCUGCAGCUGGAAAUGCUGCUCAGCCAUCCUAUUGCACCUUACCUUUGUGUCACCUGCCAAUGGAUCCUAACAAUGACCAAGUCGGUUUAGGAUACAUUUCCAAUGACGGACAUCUCUUCUCAUGUAGGAAUCCCAUGAUUAUGCAGCAAGCAUUCCAUGUGUCAAUUGGUGGUCAACAAGCAGCCAGACAUGACUCAUACAAUGUUAUUCUCUUUGAUCAUUCCAUUACGAAUGCCCUCAUACAUGAUUUUGUCAGUUCUCCAGACCAAUUACUUCAUGCCAUUUUGUGUUAUGAGGCUGACGGAGGUACGAACUUCACUGAAGCAAUUCAGUGGGCUCAAUCAGUCAUGGAACAACAUUGGAGCACGGAGAGGGAAUCCAUUUCAUCCCAACUACCUCCCACCAGGAGGAUCUUGGCCCUGUAG